AUAGCAAAAACAGAGCAUUUUUUUUUCCCUCUGUUCUUCUUCUCUUUGUUCUCAAAAUGGCUCUGCUUCUUCUUGUGUUUCUGUCGCUAAUAUCUACGGCAACAUCGGAAGGGGUGUUUCUGCCGUUAGAGAGGAGGUUUAACACCGAUGAAGUAGAAAUGAGGGAACUGAGAGCACGUGAUCGAAUAAGACAUGGAAGAAUGCUGCAGCAACAAUCUGGAGUUAUUGAUUUCCCACUACAAGGAUCAUCUAUUUCCAGGAUCUAUUAUACAAGAAUUCGGUUGGGUUCCCCUCCUAAGGAAUUCCACGUACAGAUAGAUACUGGAAGCGACGUUCUGUGGGUUAGUUGUAUCUCCUGUAAAGGUUGCCCAACACUUGGUGGAAUUGAUCAGAUUCAGUUGCAAUUCUUUGAUCCGUCAAGCUCGUCAACAGCUCGACUGAUCUCGUGUUCAGACCAAAGAUGUGCUCUUGGAGCACAAUAUUCUGACACAAAUUGUUCUGCUACAAAUCAAUGUGAAUACACAUUGCAAUACGAUGAUGGCAGUGAGACAUCUGGCUACUACAUAGCAGAUGAUAUGCAGUAUGAUAUAGUUGCUGGGAACUCUUCGAGCACAAACUCAUCUGCUCGUGUUAUGUUUGGAUGUAGCACAUCACAGACGGGUGGCCUAGCGAUGCUUGACAGCGCAACUGAUGGGAUCUUCGGACUUGGGCAGUAUGGCGUGCCGGUAAUCGCACAGCUUUCUGCCCAAGGAGUGAUCCCGCAUGUUUUCUCACAUUGCUUGAGAGGAAGCAAUGGUGGAGGUGGCAUUUUGGUGUUUGGUCAAAUUGUGGAGCCGACUUUGGUUUACACUCCACUUGUCCCUUCACAGCCGCAGUACAUGGUGAAUCUUGAGAGUAUUGCUGUCAAUGGACAGUCAUUGGCAAUCAGUCCUCAAGUAUUUAAAACAACGGGAGACAGGGGAACCAUGAUUGAUUCUGGAACGACUCUGGGAUACCUUGCUGAAGAAGCUUAUGAUAUUUUUGUUAAUGCUAUCACUAAGGCUGUUUCACAGCAUGUGCACCCUUUUGAUGGCCUGACUAACCAGUGCUAUCGAACCACCUCCAGAGUUAAUGAUAUAUUUCCCAUGGUGAGUUUGAACUUCGCUGGUGGUGCAGCAAUGAUAUUAAGGGCUGAGGACUACCUUAUAUGGAAAUACUCUCUUUAUGCUGAAACUGUCUGGUGCAUGGCCUUUCAGAAAAUUCCAGGCCAAGGAUUGACAAUUUUAGGAGACAUUGUUCUAGAGGACAAGAUUGUUGUUUAUGAUCUGGCUAGACAACGGAUUGGAUGGGCCAGUUACAAUUGUUCUCAGGCCGUCAAGGUUUCAGCUACCACGAGCAACGCCUGUGUUGCCAGCAUUAGUGUUUGGCACUUACUACUUGUUCUUGUAAUAAACUAUAGUGUUGCAGUUUCUAGGUGUUUUCUUUUACAUUAGUAGCCUCUUAAGGCAAUUUCCUAGUUCCACUUACUGUAGAUUCAUGUAGUGAUUACUGCCUUUGUAAAGUAGAUUCUGAACACUUGGGUAUAACAAUAUUCUCCAUAGUUGCAUUUGAUUUUGAAUGAAAAUUUUGUUAAACACUGCCAAAUUAUGUGUUCGGCUGAUGUCAAAAGUAUUUUUGUAUUGUAGCGAAACUUUUGUCGGGUAUUUCUUUUGAUAUAACUAUUUAGUAAAAUAUUUCUCUUUUUAUUUGUUUUGCAACUUAUGGAUCUUCUAGACCUCGGUCUACUGAGAAUGUUACAUGAAACGUUAGACGACAUGCUAAGUUAUUGCAAAGAGGGACUUCAGCCUCUGUUGUGAAUGUAAAAAGGGGAACAAAAUGAUGUUUAGUGUCUUGCCUUUGAAGGGAAAAGAGCAAAUAUAUUCCUCUUUAACUUUGCGAUUUAGAGUUGAUAUAUCUCCCCCAUUAAAAAGCGAGUCAUAUAUAUUCUUGCAGUCU